AAACGAGGAACAUUUGGCGGGGACGGACCGACCGCAAUAGAGGCGUCGAGCGAGCGAUGGCGACCGACUGAGAGAGUGUUUUUUUUUGUAUUGCGGCGAGAUCAUAAGCGCAGGUCGAAGAAAUGAUACUGUCUACGUCGAUGUUUUAAUCAAUGAUCGAUCUGUUUCUGUUUUAGUAACAGCUGUGAUCUGUGGAGGCUGGCAAUGGCGACAAGAAGCGGAGGAGAUUUGAUCGUGGAUGGGCGCCGAGCCGAGCUGCCUGCGUUUUUCUAUCGGUUGGAAGGCCUUUUGGUGAUGGCACUUCUGUUUUGAAUACCGAAGGUUUUUUCCAUCGAGGUUUUUGGAAUCAUCAGGGAAGGACUUUGUCUUUAGGUUCUUUAGUUGAGUGUUCUGAAGUUAGAAACGAGAUUUUUCUGAAGUUGAUAAGCACGAGUUCGACAGGUUUAGGAAGUCGAAGUCGAGGUUGCAUUUAGGUCGAGGACGAAGGCGCUGUGGGAGACUGUUUGGGCGUAUUGCAUUGAUUUCGGGAAGCUGUAGAUUUCGGGAAGCUGUAAAUCAAGAUUUUACGAGAUGUUUGGGGUAUGUCAUCGGCGUGCGGAGCUACCGAAAGCAGCAUUGCGGUUGUGCUCUUUGCACCAGAAUUUCGUGACUGAUGUUCUGUCGGCAUCUCCUGCAGUAGAGAACGUAGCUUCUGCUGAUUGCGCAUGUUUUGAACAAGCAAUCACCUCAGGAGAUAGACAAUUGUACUCAACAAGAUCUCACGAGUUUCAAAAGCUGGUAAAGACGUCUUCGGUACUAGGUUGGAACACUAUUGACAAGUGGAAGAACCGCCACGAUUUGUUACCACCGAAAUCCAUUCUCAAAAAAGAAGCGUCUAUUAUUUCGUCUCCUUCGGCCAACAUAAUCGAUGGCGAAGCUAUUGCUCAGGAGAUUAAACUUGAAAUUGCUGAAGUGGUUGAGAAGAUGAGAUCUGCUAUCGGUAAGGUUCCCGGCCUUGCAGUGGUCCUGGUGGGCUCACGCAGGGAUUCUGAGACGUAUGUCCGAAGAAAGCAGAGAGCAUGUGAAAAAGUGGGCUUCAACUCUUACGGAGUCUCGUUGCCAGAAACUGCUACAGAGGAGGAGGUUCUGGAAGCUGUCAGGAAAUUUAAUGCUGACCCAAAUGUCCAUGGUGUAUUGGUGCAGCUUCCGCUUCCUCGCCAUAUUUGUGAGGAGAAGGUAGUGGGUGCUGUGAGCAUACAGAAAGACGUAGAUGGUUUCCAUCCAAUGAAUGUGGGGAGGUUGGCCAUGCAAGGCCGGGCUCCGCUCUUUGUGUCAUGUACUCCCAAAGGGUGCAUUGAGUUGCUGUUACGAUCUGGCGUACAGAUAGAAGGAAAACAUGCAGUGGUAAUAGGGCGAAGUAACGUGGUUGGCAUGCCAGCUGCUUUGCUUCUACAACGGCAAAAUGCAACGGUUACUGUGGUUCAUUCGCAUACUCCAAACCUUGCGGAAGUCACCAGGAAUUCUGACAUCGUCAUUGCUGCUGCUGGAGUGCCGUUUAUGGUGCAAGGGAGUUGGUUGAAGCCUGGGGCUGUUGUUAUUGACGUUGGCAUCAAUUACAUAGAGGAUCCUGAUUCCGAGAAUGGAUAUCGAGUGGUUGGCGACGUUUAUUACGCAGAGGCCUGUCAAGUGGCGUCUCUAAUCACUCCUGUUCCUGGUGGGGUUGGGCCAAUGACCAUCGCUAUGCUGCUUUCCAACACCCUUGAUUCAGCAAAACUUGCAUUUGGGUUCGUCGAAAAUUGACGAGCUGCACAGGGCGUCCACUUUAGAAAUCGAAAGAUUGGAGUUUCUCAAUCACGGCUGUAGUUGUUCACGAAUAGAGCGUUAGGGUAAGUAUAGACAUCAGCAUAGGCGCAUCUCAAAUUUCUAUCAUGAUAACGUACAAUUAUUUUUGUCGCCAAUAAAUUCUUCUCUUUAUUUAUUUGUUCAUUUAUAA